AUGAUUGAAGGUAAAAUAGGACCGCGAGUAAUAAAAUAUGAAGAUAGCACAAAUAAAAAUUUUAUAAGGAAAUAUUUAAUAGAUGUUAAAAAUGAAUUUAUAGAAAAACAAAUGAGAGCAUUAUAUGAGUGUCGAGAAGUAUAUAAAGAUGAUGUAGAUGAAGUACUAAAUAUUCUUACUUAUGCUUUAGAAAAUAAUGACAGCGUUUUAUUAAGGCAUGAAAUUGCAUAUGUAAUAGGGCAAAUAAGUAAUGAAAAAUCUAAUGAUCUUUUAAUUAAAUUGUUAAGUGAUAAAGAAGAAAAUUUAAUGGUUAGGCAUGAAGCUGCUGAAGGGUUAGCCGCAAUUGGUAGCGAUUCAAAUAUAGAAGUUAUACAAAGAUUUAUAAACGAUGAACAAAUAGAAGUUAGAGAAACUUGUGAAUUAGCUUUAAGUUCAUUAAUUGAAAAAAAUAAAUACACAGUGUGUUCAUGUUCUAAUAAAAAUAUUAUAAAGGAUGCAAUAAAAGAAAAAAGAAGUGAAGAAUUUGUUUCUAAAAAAUUUAAUACAAUUGAUCCAAUUGUAUUUACAUUAAAUAGUAAUGAUAACUUUGUCAAAUUAAUUGAAGAUUUAAAUAAUGUUAAUAAUCCUUUAAAAUUGCGAUAUGAAGCGUUAUUUAAAUUGAGAGACAUGGAAUCAGAGGAUUCUAUAAAUGCUUUAGGGGAAGCUUUAUUAAGAGACAAAAAAUCAGCCAUUUUUAGGCAUGAGGUUGCAUUCGUACUAGGGCAAGCAUUACGUUUAAAUUCUUUAAAAUAUUUAUUGUCAUCUUUGAAAAAUGACAAAGAGCAUGAAAUGGUAAGGCAUGAAGCUGCUUUAGCAUUAGGUUCUUUAGGAAGCUUAAAUUUAAAUUCGAAAGAAUAUAAAGAUGCGCAAGAUGUUAUUAUAAACACUUUAAAAAAUUAUUCAAAGGAUGGCUGCAGGGUUGUUGCCGAAAGUUGUUUGGUUGGGCUAGAUUAUAUAGCGGAAAAUUUGAACAUUGCAAUAGAAAUAAAUUAA